AGGAAGCAGAGGAGGGGGUUUCCCUGGGGUGCAGAGUAUCUUGCUCUGCUGGGCUGGGUGCCUAGGGCCCCCCGGGGUGAGCUCUCUGCACUGCUGCCCCAGCCACGGGGGUCCCUCCUCUCCCUGGCCCUGGGCUGACCUGCCCCCUCAGCCAUGGGCGAGCCCCCUGUGCGGGUGGAGGUGCUGACCCAGCUGCAGCACCACGGCAUCCCCCCGGAGCAGAUCACCUACCCUCGCGUCACUCUCUCUGCACCCUGGCGUCUCUGCGUCCGGCAUAGCCCCCCGCAAGACCCCGCCGGGGCCCGGGUCACCCUGCUCGACCUGCGUGAGCCCCACGGCCCGGCCACCCACAGCUGGCCCCUGCACCAGGCCCAGGGCGCACUGGCCCACCCCAGCCAGCCCCUGCUGGCCCUACGAGCGGGCCGUGUGGCACAGGUGUUCGACGUGGCACAGCGCUGCCUGCGCUGGCAGUGGACGUUUGCCCACCCCCUGGAGUUCUGGGUGUGGCUGGAGCCCGAGAUGCUGGCGCUGGUGACGGAGGAAGAGGUGUUCCACUGGGCCCUCAGCCGUGAGCACGCUGCCGGCCGCCCCCCACCGGGGAGCUGCCAGGCGCCCUGGGAGGAGGGCCCGAAGCCACGGCGCCAGUUCCGGCGCCAUGAGCGGCUGUGGUGCACGGAGGUGGUGGGAUACCAGCGGGACGCCAGCGGGCUCUGGCUGGCGCUGUCCACACUGGGCCUGGACCAGAAGGGCCAGGUGGUGGGGCUGACCCAGCUGCACUGGCGGGGGGGGCGGCUCUCCCAGGUCAUCGAGGCCCAGGCGGUGGGGCUGCCCCGGCACAGCUUCUCCAGGAACCCCCACCCCUCCUCCGCCCUGCUGGCCGCUGUCCGGCACGGCACGGAGCGCAAUGGGCAGUUCCACGUGGUGGAGCUGGGCCCCCACCAGCCAGGCAACGCUGCCCUGCUCAGUGCCCGUGCCAGCCUGGCCUUCAAGGGCGCCCAGCCUGGGGACUUCCCCAGUGCCGUGCAGUUCGCCCCGCGGCUGGGCCUGGCACUGGUGCUCACCAAGCACGCCCUCCUCUUCCUGGCCGACGUGGAGACCGCCCAGCCCCUGCACCGCGUCCAGCUGGCCUGGGACAUCGUCUUCGCCACGGUGCCCGACCCCCCCCGGCACGGCCUCGUGGGGGUGUGCCGCAGCGGCAAGGUGCUGUCGGUCUCGCUGUGCCCAGACCCACUCCUGCAGCUGCUGUCGCGCCGCCCUGCCAGCCUCUAUCUCACCCAGCGCCUGCUGCAGCUGGUGGGGCGGGCGCCGGGCCUGUGCAAAGUCAGCCCCCCAGCUGAGCCGGCCAUGCCACGGGGCCAGCCCAGACUGCAAGCCGGGGGGCUGGGGAGCAGGUGCUGGCAGGGGAGGGCAGGGGGGCUCUGUCAAUAGUGUAACUUGUACUGUGCAGGGGUGGGAGGUGUCUGGCACUGCGCUACGAAAGCAGGGGCCGGCCUGAGUCUCCCGUCAGCCCCAGGGCCUGGGAAAGGGAGGAGUCGGCCCAAGGUUCCCAUCAGUGGGGAUGAGGAUGUGCUGGGGAUGAUUGGCACCUGUCUUGGGGGCGGGGGGUAGGAGACCCUCUCUGCAGCUCUCCUGUUACUGAUUGGGGGGCCCCCCCAGCUGCAAUGUCGCUGCAUCCUCCUUGGUUUUACAAUAAACGGAAGAAGCAGGAGCCCUGGGCUGGGGCUGGCCCCCAGCAUCCAGCUGUGUGGGGGAUGGGAGGGUGGGGAUGUGUCUCUGGCUGGGAGUCCUUGGCCGGGGGCUCUGGCUAGAUUGUGGGGGGGUCGGGGGUGCCCUCUCAUUGCACACAGCCUGGCCAUAGCCCGGGGCUAUUUAUUAGUGAAGGAGGGGGUGGCAGAUCUUGGCCAUCUAUCUCCUAGAGGGAGGCCCAAGCCCCCCUUCCUCCUGCACCCCAGCUGUCCUGGCGCAGGGGCACGGUGCCACUCUCGGCUGCUGUGUGGGGCCAAGCUGUCCUCUUCUGCCGUGCUGCCCUAGAGGGGGGAGCUGGGGUUAGUGGAGGGUGGCAGGGCAGGGGGAAGGCCCCCUUGCUGGGUGAGAGGGGCAGCGUCCCUACCUGCUCUGCUCCCUGCCCGCCGGCCGCCUGGC